CAUCCGCCGAUGCGGUCCGUUCUCGACCAAAUGGAAGGAAGACGAGUGGCGUUUGCUUGAGAGAAGAAAAAGAAUAUCCAUCCGUUGUUGACCUUCAAAUCGUCGUCGAGCCCUCCACGGGCGACCCUUUCCCCAAUUCCUCCCUCCCAUUUGCGUCCUCGAUGAUAUCUCUUUCUUCACUUCUCUUUAUAUAUCAGCCGAAUUACGGAGCUUAGAUCUCAGACGUCGACUUCUUCGUAUUCGAUUUAGGGUUAGUCUCCAGAUCCACGGGUAGCCGGUAGAAGAAGCUGUGAAGGGUUCCCUCACUACUUUUUGUCCAAAUUGUUCUUGGUGGUUCGGAACUGGGAGUGUCUUGGCGUCUUUUGCCUUCCAUUGAGUUGAAGGUGGAAGAUAUGGCUUCGGCUGUCAUGAACAUGACAACGGCAGCACUGGAUUGGGUAACGGUGAUUUUUGAUGCUCCGCUCGCCCGAGCGGUUGUUUUUGGAGUUCAUAUAGAUGGGCACCUAGUUGUUGAAGUGCUACUUGUCGCAGUCAUUCUGUUCCAGCUGACCAGGAAAAGUUAUAAGCCUCCGAAGAAGCCACUAACGGAGAAGGAAAUAGAUGAUCUUUGUGAGGAAUGGGUUCCUGAACCCCUUCACCCACCUAUCACGGAAGAGAUGAAGGCUGAACCCCCAAUCCUGGAGAGUGCUGCUGGGCCUCAUACAGUUAUUGACGGAAAAGAAGUUGUGAACUUUGCUUCAGCAAAUUAUCUUGGAUUACUGGGGAAUGAGAAGAUAGCUGAUUCAUGUAUCAGUUCAUUGGAGAAAUAUGGUGUUGGUUCUUGUGGUCCUCGUGGCUUUUAUGGAACAAUAGAUGUGCACCUUGAUUGUGAGACAAGAAUCGCAAAGUUUAUGGGUACCCCAGAUUCAAUCCUCUACUCUUACGGGAUCUCAACUAUAUUCAGUGUUAUUCCAGCAUUUUGUAAGAAAGGAGAUAUUAUUGUCGCAGAUGAGGGUGUUCACUGGGGAGUGCAAAAUGGGCUUUAUCUUUCAAGAAGUACUGUUGUUUAUUUCAAGCACAAUGAUAUGGCAUCACUUGAGAGCACUUUGGAGAAAUUGACUCGUGAAAAUAAGCGAGCUGAAAAGAUUAGGCGCUACAUUGUUGUAGAAGCUAUAUACCAGAAUUCUGGUCAAAUUGCCCCAUUGAAUGAGAUUGUGCGGCUAAAGGAGAAAUAUCAUUUUCGGGUUAUAUUGGAUGAAAGUCAUUCAUUUGGUGUACUUGGAAACUCUGGCCGAGGUCUUGCUGAAUAUUAUGGAGUUCCUAUUGAGAAAAUUGAUAUAAUAACUGCUGGUAUGGGGAAUGCCUUGGCAACUGAUGGAGGUUUUUGCACUGGAAGUGUCAGAGUUGUUGACCACCAACGUCUCAGUAGCUCUGGAUAUGUGUUUUCUGCAUCUUUGCCUCCCUAUCUUGCAAGUGCUGCUAUUUCUGCUGUCAAUUACUUGGAGGGCAAUCCCUCUUUACUUGCACAACUGAGGAGCAACAUUGACCUGCUUUGGAAAGGAUUGUCAGAUAUACCAGGACUGGAAAUUGCAAGCCAUCCCUUAUCACCCAUCGUCUACUUAAAGCUAAAGAAAUCAACAGGUUCUUCCAGGAGUGACUUAGAGCUCCUUAACGUUAUUACUGAUCGGGUGUUGAAGGAAGAUUCUGUUUUCAUUGUGAGCACAAAGAGGUCAGUUCUGGACAAAUGCCGCCUUGCGGUUGGCAUUCGUUUAUUUGUCUCAGCAGGUCACUCGGAGACGGACAUCCAUAAAGUCUGUGAUUCGUUGAGAAGAGUUGCAGCCUUGGUUCUGGUCUAAGCAUCUUUUAGUUCACUUUGUAGCAAUCUCAUGUAACUGUUUAAUUUUUGCAUCUAGAUGGUUGAUUCCCGGGGUUUACAUUUCAUGGAAGUAAUGUUCAUGUAAUUUGACAGAUGAAAUGCAAAUGCUAAUUCUUUGUAAAAUGGAAUUGUUACAUUCUGUGCAGUGCAAUUCUAGGGUUCUUUGGGUCCAA